GUGCGCUUGGUGCAAGGCUGCCAGCUGCGUCAGCCUAUACACGUUUCCACCCUCUCCCCCGCCACACACCUGCCGUGCCUGCCCACCAUCGAGCGCGCAUAGUUCCUGCCCUGUCCUUAACGCCAUUAAGCUGGCGUAAUUGUUUUCUGAUACUCGCUCUGUGACAGCUUUCUUACCCUUUCUCCUCUAGAGUUUUCGUUUAGUCGGCCUCUUUUACCUGCUUCAGUCUGCAUCUAGAUACCCGGGAGCUGUUCAGCUUGCAUUACCUCCAUCACCGUUAUCACCGCCGCGGACCCUCACCUGCUUUUGCACGCAAACGAUUUGGACAGAGGCUCCAUUUGCUCUCGGCUCAACAACUACAACCACAAAUCUCUGCAGUUCCGACUCAGGACGAGGUGUGAUCCGUUGGUGCCCCGCGUUCAUCGACCCUCCGUCAAUCCAUUCUAUCGAUCUUCGUUACCGCCGACCGACCUAUUCACCUGCAAGCCACCUACCUCGACGUGCAUCCGAAUUCUGUCUCUCAUCAACACCGUUUUGGGCUAUAGAGGACAACUCAUCGUUCGACCGAGGCGGCGCAUUCCCCCCGUGGCGUCGGACUGUCACUGUUCGUCGUAACACUUACACCGUACUCGUCCAGACUUGACGCGUGCCACUUCAGGUUGACGUGCACAAGUCUUUGCGAGGCGGGCUUUUUGAGUGGCGAACUCGACCCUGGGGUGUUGUCUUUGGCAUACUUCUGACUUCGCUGCCAAGAUCACUGCGCCAUACGAGCCACGAAGCCGACUCCUCCGACUGAACCAGUUACAACGCUUACCAUGGUCAUCUCGGAUCAAUACUCCAUCAUGUCACCAAGUGAUUCACCAACUGCUCAACACUGGGAGGGAAGACCUGCUUCCGUCAAGGAGAACAUUCUUGGAAAGACUGGUCGUCUUGCACCAAGAUGGGUGCAUGAUCUACUCAAUUCUGAUUUGGAUAGUGGCUCAUUUGCAAGAAUCGAUUGGGAUCGUGAAGCACGCUGCAGCAGCGCCGGUGUGCCCCAUCGCCUUGUUCUUGUGGGCAACCAGAGCACGGCGGAGGGCCGUAAUCCUGGCAUUCUAUCGUGUGUUUGCUGCAAUUGCGACUUCCAUUUCAUCAUCAGGACGUCGUGGGACUCGGAUCAAUUGGUGUGCCUCUGCCGUCCUCUAAACCUCCACUUCCCCCCCAAGGAAACAGACUUUUAUCUUCAUCACUUGGUUAACGUCAAGGAACCGAUACGGCCCACCACAUCGGUAUCGGACUAUCAUCCUAUGAUCAGAGAGGCUUUGCUUGCGGUCGAGCACUUCGCAUGCUCGGCACCCCGCUGCACGUUCCAGGUGUCUGUUGAGAUAUCGCGGCCUCGGCUCAAGCGCGAAUGGGUGCGGCUACUCCUUGAUAAGCAGCGCAUCCUCGACAACCUGGUAAACGCGAGAAAGCACUCGCCGGAGCGUUUCGCAGACGCCAGGGAUGAUUGGUCUACCACUGCCCCGUCGACAUUGAACACCUACCUCAGAGACUUGCUCGACAAGCCCAACCCGCGCAACAUUUCCCGGCGUAACAAGCGGUUUCAGGUUGUAUUUGGCGAUGAGUGCCACGCCAUCUUCAGAGCGAUUCAGUUUACGGAAGAGAAUCUUGAUAAAGACGGCGUCUUCGAACCGUACUUCAUUCCUCCUAGGUUGGAGCCUGGUACUCCGGGCACACCAACGAAACUCAGCACGUUACGCGCGUUCAUCGAGGACCUUCAAGCCGAGGCAGAAAGCCUCAUCAUCCGGAGCGGGAAGCCUGGCGAGAAUCGGCCGUAUGUUGGUAACCGGCUUUUCAAAGAGCUCCAAUGCUUCGAGUAUCCGCAGAACAAAGUCCCUCAAUCGUCGACCGAGGCGCAUCGAGUUCUUGGCGUCCUCCCCGAUUUCGAUAAGGCGUUGGUUUUCUUCGCCUACAACCGGCAGUCAACUAUUUGCGAGAAGCGACGUCAGACUUACGUCGAAGCACUUCGCGACAUUGCCCUUCUGACUGCGGAUGAGGAUUUCCAGACUCGUGCGAUACAAGAGCUAACUAUCGUGGAGGGAAUGCCCCCACCAAGCGCUCACGGUCCUGGAAACGAGUUGGAAACCCAGGCCUAUUCCUUCUUCAGCCUUCAGUACACCGCCAGCGAUGACAAUGUCGUCUCAGCUUACAACACCAAGCUAGAGCACUCCCCUUCCCAAGCGGAUUUUGCUCGAGAGAUGCUUCAGAUCAUUGGCCGCCACAGGAGCAGUGACAGAAUCCUCACACAUGCGAACGCUCCCAUGGACGUCUCCUCAGCUUAUCGCAUCCUUGAAGCGGAUCCACAGUGGCCUGAUAACACCAUCGUCAUGUUGUGUAGUGUCAAGCUUAACAAGGACCCUAAGAGCAAGUCCACCGCCGAGGUCGCCAUCAAAGCCAUGGAUGCCAUCGCCUCCGACAGAAACAGCGACGAAAUACGCCAAGCAGUCAAAGCGCUUGAACAGGAAUAUGGCCGCCCGCCUCAACAGGAGAAGUCCGAGCCGAUAGCUUCACCUAACACGAGCAACCUGCCCGUCGGACUGGAAAACAUUGGCAACACUUGCUACUUGAACAGCAUCCUUCAAUACCUGAACACUGUUGUUCCUAUCAAGGACUUACUUGCCCACUAUCCUGCGCACGAACUUGGCCUGGAUGAUUUGGACAUCCAACGCCGAUUGAUCGGCGGAAACAAGUUGAAGAUCGACCGUGCCGAAGCAGUCGUUGCUCGUGUUUUUGUCGAAGAGCUUGAUCGGCUGUUGAAUGAGCUCGGCGGCUCGCAAGCGUCCGCUAUUCGCCCCUCGCAACGCCUGGCUAACGCCGUCCUGCUACCUACCUCGAAUCUCACCGACGAGCCCGGCCCGCAAGCAAAGACGACCAAUGCCGCGGAGCAAAAAACCCUGGAGGUUAUGGGCACUCAAUUCCCAGCACCUCCCCCACUGCCUGCAAGGCCUCCCCCAGGACCUCCUGCGCAGAAGUCGGAACAGGUGGAAGAUAUCGACAUGGUGAACGUUACAGUUGAUCCAGUUUCUGAAUCCGCUAGCAGCGUAAGCUCGCAAACCCUCGUCAGUAUGUCCGAUAUUGACAAUGAGAAGCGAGACUUCGUGCCCGAGGACAAGACAGACAUUCGAAUUGUCUCCCAGCCUAUUGAACCACCAGCGCCGGAACUUGUCGUUGAUACCGAUGUAAAGAUGACUGGAGUUGAGUCACCAGUCCUCAAUGUCGAGCAACGGGUGCUCAAGGCCUUGGAAACCCAGACUAGGACUUCUGGUACGGAGCAGCAAGACGUCGAGGAGGUGAUGGGUAGCAUCAUCAACCGGCUUCAGGCAGCUAUCAGACCCACGAGGACAGACCCCACGGACGGGAUCCAGUGGGAGCCGAUCAUGGAGACGUUCUACGUCGAAUUGACCAACCACACGAAGUUUCCCAACCAGGACAAGUACAAGCUGGAUUCGACCCUUGAGCGUGCAAUCACAGCAUACCCUGCCGAAGCCGGUCCGACCAACAUACAUGACGGCCUAAGCCGCAACUUCGACCUUCAACGAGUCGUUACUGGCAAGGAGGACAUCAUGCGGUUUACGUCAAUCAAAAGGCUUCCUCCCAUAUUGCAUGUACUCAUUCAGCGGACCCAGAACAACGGUAACAAGAACAUGAACCCCGUUGAGGUUUUUGAGACGCUAUACCUUGAUCGAUACAUGGACACACCAGAGGAUCCGCAGUUUUUCAAGCUGAGACAAAAAGGAUGGGCUCUCCAACAGCGUCUGGAGCAGCUCAACAACAUCUCUACUGCCACAGCCGAAGAUGUAGAGAUCAUGGACAGUUUCGUCAACGACUUCGUCCAUGUCAACAAAGCAGACGUCCCUGAGCCCGAUUCACUUCUUGGAGGCAUGCCAGCUUCAUCCCUUGCCUUUGCGGGGGAAGACUCGUUGUUUCCGACGUACAACCAGUCCGAAGCAUCGUUCGAAAAGAUCGAGCCGCCCGAGACGACAGGUUUCAUCGUGGAAGGACGGCAGCAGAUCAACAACAUGCGCGUGGAAGAGGUUAAGACGUACAAAGCAGAGCUCGAAGAACUCUUCUCACAGCACAAGACCCAUGCAUAUCGCCUGCAUGCCGUUAUCUGCCACAGUGGCCAGCUGCGGGCAGGGCAUUACUGGGUUUGGAUCCACGACUUCGAUACCGGUGUUUGGCGCAAGUAUAACGAUAGGACUGUGACAGAAACACCUAAUACCGAAGAGGUGUUGAAGACACUCAACAGUAACGGCGACCCAUACUACCUCUGUUAUGUCCAGGCCGGAAAGGAACAUGACCUCGUCAAGAUCCCCAAGCGCAGCCUGCCGACGUCAUCGACCCAAAGCCAAGAGGAGCCACUCAAGAACACGGCUAAGAGCGGAGAAGAGGACGCAGAUGGGGACAUUGACCUGAUAGAAAUGGAUGGUCAGGUCGCAGGUGCGCAGCCAGCUUUGACAGCUCCGCCAGCAGCAGGCAGACAUUGGGCUGGCAUCGAGGAACGUGACCAGACAUAGGGUGAUGGUAGCACGACGGGUGACUUGCGUAAGGGUCACCUAUGGUUGAAUCGAGGAGCAGGUUUUGGGACGCCUCCUGCUGGUAUGCCUCCCCCUCUCCGGCGCUCGUCAAGAAAGAAACGAUCAGUCCGUUUCAUGCUUGAUUGAAGAGACUGCUCCAAUUGAAGAAGUGUGGCACUUGAGUGCUGGGGUACAGCUACUUCUAGGCUAGGUAGUUGUAUGAAAGCACAAAGGCAACACCGUCACAGUGACUGCGUUGGACAAUCCAGUUCUCAUUCUGACAGUUGUGCUGGAAUCAACCAGGGACUGUUGCCAGCGACAACUUACACCCUUUGUUUGCAGAUCAACAUUUUCAUCCUGCAGCACAAUUGCAGAGGCUUGGAGCUUAGGGGUAGGAGUUGUGUAACAGUGUCUGUCUUUGUUAUGAUAAAAUUAAAGCAGUUCCGCUAUGAGAACUUUCGUUCUUCCCUACCAACACCAGCAGCAAAGGCUUGGCCUGUUUAGUACCAGCAUAACCACAUUUUAUAUCAUGAUGGGAGCGCUAAACACCAAGUUUACAAAAUGAAUAGAAUCAACUAGAAUGAUGCUUAUCCAUAAGUCUGUGCUAUUAUGCCUCCUGCUUCAAACUUUUAUACUGCUGUUUGCUCCCUUACUAUUGGUUCACUUUAUGCAAUGUUAAUUUAGUGUGGUCAGUCUACUGAGAUCUGAGCGAUAAUUCAGAUUAUUGCCAACCGGUCAAUGUGGAUUUGUCUCAUUGGUCGACCAACCAGCGCAGUGACAGACUCCGCCCCUUUGGCUCAGUGGUAGAGCGUCGCACUCGUACUCUCCGUCAUGCGAAGGUCCACGGUUCAAUCCCGUGAGGGGGCAUCACUUUUGCUCUAAUGAUCACCCGGCUGUGGUCACUACUGAUGCUGUGAGCACCCUAGGAGGACAGACAAGAAAUAGGGGUCUUGUUUUUUAACCUGUUUGGAGAGCCUUGGAGGGUGGCAAGCAUUCCAUGGCAUUCGAUAUUUUCGUUGAUGUGUUUCUGGCCUGUGGCACGAUAGGCGAUGGAUGCUUUGCUUGAGAUGAGGCGAACUGGGGUAAAUGUGAUGAGACGAGGAGACGGAGGGAGGCCGGCUUCUGGCUCGUGGGUUGUCGAUGGGUGUCGAUGCUGAGGGGGGCAGGCUGUCAAGCCAAUGGCCGAUCUGGAAGCAGUUGCGUAGAGAGAAAGUGGGCAGCGAACAAACCUGCAAGGUCGGGGGCGUGCAUGCUUCCCCUGUGAGAUGGGAGCGACACGGGUCAGUCUGCGUGACGGGGGAAGAAGGGGGGAUCUCGCAGUCUGCGAGAUGUCCUCUUUUUGAGGCGGGAGGAGGAUAUGCUUUGAGAGAUCUGGGGCAAGAUGAUCAAGCAGGCACGGCGGCCGAAGGGAACACAAGAUGUGGCUCGAAGGAGAAGGGGAUGUACCACGAGAUGGAGCACCUCACACACCAGCCGUCACAUCAACAGACCAUCAUCCAUCCUACUCUCUUAAUUCCGCCGUGAGGAGAUGUAAGCCGUGGGCUCAUGUCGGAAGAACAUGGUAGAGAACUCGUCCGGGGGGGGUUGAGAUAGGGAAGGGGACUCCGGGAGGGUGAGGGGGAUGUGCGGGGUCAUGGACUGCUGUCGACAUGACACGAAGUGACAUAGGGAGAGAGCCGACAAGAUACGCAAGGUGUGGUGUUGAGACUGAUCUCGUUUGGCGACGUGAGGGUGCGUUUGGA